GGAGAAUGUGAACACCGACAAGUCAAACAGUUCUAUCCUCAUGUGAGUAAGGUGAAAUUCACUGCUGGCAUAGCUAAGCAGCAACAUCGUGAGUGUAUUCUGUUCAAGAUGGCAGAAGGAUCUCUCUAUGAAAUGAAGGGAAAGGGUAAGCAAGAUGCAGGCAAGGAGAAGAGCAAAGUACUUCAGUUGUCCUCUCCUGAUGCACCUGCACUGCGCUUUGAGGACUCGGAACCACUGCCUUACAGUGAUCUGAAAUGCCACUAUCACAUCUCCACCAGCACUCAGUAUCACAUCAAUAUAUACAAGUGGCUGGCACAACAUGAGAGUGAUCCCACAUUGAAUGUAAGUUGUCUCAUCUACAUGGAAUAG